UGAAAACAGGCUUCAUAACUUCCUCUUCCAUUCAAACAAUGGCCUGCCACCUGAGAUCCGCCAGUGUGCCCUCAAGCCCUCGCUCCAACGGAACCAAUGUCGAGGAACACAUCCAGACCCUGAAGGCAGCUGUCUCUUCUCCCUCUGCCACCAUUGAAACCAUAGUUGAUGGUCUAUCCAAGCUCGGGAACAUCUACAGCUGCAUCGAUGAGCUCAUAUGCUUUCCCAGCAGCCAGCGUCAACAGAGGAAGGCAGUGGAGGAGGAGCUUGAGCGAUCUCUCGUCUUGCUUGACCUCUGCAGUGCCGUGCAAGAAAGCUCCGCAGAGCUCGGGACAAGCGUCCAAGAGAUGCAACUGGGUCUCAAGAGAGGAGACGAUGUGACUGUUCAGGCCAAGGCUCAGUUUUAUGCCCGUUUGGUCAAGAAGGUGCACAAGCAGCUCAAGAAGAUCAACAUCAAGGUUGUUCUUGACACUGAUAGCUGCAGAGUGGUCAAGCUAUUGUCUGAAGCAAGAGAGAUUGCUAUAUCGAUGCUGGAAUCGACAUUGUACCUCCUAUCAAAGGAGAUCCAGAUGCCGAGUGCUAGCAAGUGGUCUCUUGUGUCUAAGGCAUUCCAGAAGAAGAGAGUCGCGUGCGAGGAGGAGCAAUUGCAGGUUUUGGAGUUGGGUAUUGUUGAUCUUGAGAGCGAACUCCAGAUUGUCUUCAGGAGAUUGUUCCAAUGCAGAGUCUCGCUUCUCAACUCUCUUACCCUGUAGAAUGAUCAUACACCAACUCAGAUUCCCUGCGAUUAGCAUCCACCUUUUAGAGGAUUGGCUGAUCAACAAAACAAUUUUGAUGUAUAUAUGAGACUAAGUGUACAGAA